GCAUAAUGCACCAAACGUGCCUCAACGUGGAGCCCGAGCGGCUUACUUUUUUUCCAGGACCUGCAGCUGAGGGGUUUUUAUCGGUGUUGCAGUGUUUGUAAAGCGUUGUGUGAGGUAAAGGAUUGUCGUAAGCUGAGGCAUGCUUUUUGCUUCACGGAGCUUCUGUUGCCUUGGAAUUAGAACACGGUUACUACGGACCUGUUUGCCUUCCCAAUACAUCAGGUUUUCAGCCUUUGCAACAAUGCCUUUCAAGCACAAAAACGCAAGACGAAUUGAAGGCCUUGAUAGCAACGUGUGGAUUGAAUUUACAAAGGUGGCUGCAGAUCCCUCAAUUGUCAAUCUUGGUCAAGGCCUUCCUGAUAUAUCCCCUCCCAGCUAUGUGAAAGAAGAGCUGGCAAAAGCAGCAACAGUUGACAGACUGAACCAGUACACACGGGGCUUUGGACAUCCAUUGCUGGUGAAAGCUUUGUCUCAGGUGUAUGAAAGAGUUUGUGGAAGGAAGAUUGACCCUCUCACAGAUAUCUUAGUGACAGUGGGAGGUUAUGGAUCCCUCUUUAGUGCAAUACAGGCCUUAAUAGAAGAGGGAGAUGAGGUAAUAAUAAUAGAGCCAUUUUUUGACUGUUACGAACCAAUGGUGAAGAUGGUGGGUGCAAAGCCUGUUUUUAUUCCUUUGAGAAAUAAAAGUGAUGGAAACUUUGCAACUAGUGCUGAUUGGGUGUUGGAUCCUACUGAACUUGCAAAUAAAUUUAAUUCUAAAACUAAAGCAAUCAUUCUGAAUACCCCUCACAACCCGUUAGGCAAGGUGUUUACACAAGAAGAGCUCCAGCUGAUAGCUGAUCUCUGUAUUAAACAUGAUACCCUGUGCAUCAGUGACGAGGUGUAUGAAUGGCUGGUCUACAAAGGAAAUAAGCACAUUAAAAUAGCUACUUUGCCGGGUAUGUGGGAAAGAACAAUAACUAUAGGAAGUGCUGGAAAAACGUACAGUGUAACUGGCUGGAAGGUUGGUUGGUCUAUUGGCCCCCAGCAUCUGAUAAAGCAUUUGCAAGUAGUUCAGCAAAAUACGCUAUAUACUUGCCCAACUCCAUUACAGGAGGCCUUGGCACAAGCCCUCUGGAUUGACUGUAAGCGCAUGGAUGAGCCAGACUGCUAUUUUUACUCGCUGUCUCGGGAGCUGGAAGGCAAGCGCGAUCGGAUGGCUCGGCUGCUUCGGGAAGUUGGACUGAAGCCGAUCGUUCCAGAAGGAGGCUACUUUAUGAUUGUUGAUGUUUCUGCAUUAAAUGUGGAUCUGUCUGAUGAGGAGGGCAGUCAACCUUAUGAUUAUAAAUUUGUCAGAUGGAUGAUAGCAUCUAAGAAACUUUCAGCAAUUCCUCUUUCAGCAUUUUGUGGUCCUGAGACAAAAGCGCAGUUUGAAAAAUAUAUACGUUUUUGCUUCAUUAAGAAAGACAGCACACUAGAUGCAGCUGAAGUGAUCCUGAAGAACUGGAAUAAACAAAAAGCUUGAUAUUUCUUUUAUCAACUCUUCAUUCUGGUAUAAUUACCUUACCCUAGGUUUUUUAUUGCAAAUUUAAGAGCAAAUUGCUUAGUACAAAAUUAAUUUGACAUUGUAAAUUCCUCUGUGCAGCCAGUUAGAACAAUGAUUUACUUGAUGUGUGCAAUGCAAUUCAUACAUUAUUUUCAGUCUUUUUAAAAUCAUUGACCUUUUUUCAAAUUAUGUGCAGUUCCACAAAAUAUAUUCAGAUUCCACAUCUGUCACAGAAAGCCAAGGAUUUCUAGGCCUGUGGGUAAGAUAAAUAUAUAGGUAUUUUAAGGCUUGCCAAAAAAGAAAAUGGAGGUGUUUGAGGUGUGAGGUAGUAUAAAAACUAGGCUAACACUUAAACAUUGUGGUUUGUAAGAUCUGUUAACCAGCAGUGGAAGAAAAUGAAGACAUGCCAGGUUAGAUAGUUGCAGUGACUUUCUAUCUACCUACUUACUCUGUCUGUGUGCGAAGUGUAUCAGUUAAGUAAUAGAGUUAUAUCAGUGCAGUGUUUAUAUAUAGACAAGUUCUAAAUGUGCUGAGUUGCAUAAUUAAUAUCUCAUUUUCCCACAGUAGAGAAAGCUUACAGCUGUGAAGGCAUUCAGUCCUCAAUAGCUUCUAGAACACCUAUGUAGGUAUUAAAUGGAUGAAUCUACAAAGCAAAAUAAAAGACCUUGCCCUAAAGGCUCCUUUGCCAUCAAAUGUGCAGCGACAGAAGUAAUCCUGUAAUCCUUUUUCCACUGUUAGCAUGUUCACAGCAGCCACAUUAGUAACUUCACACUAAACUUACUUCAGUGCUUAUUUUCAUGCUUGGUGAAGCGUGGAAAUAGGCCUAAUACUGCACUGUGGAACUCUGUAACUAUCUGAAGCUCAAUGGGUAAGGGACUGUUUCAGAAGAGAUGGAUGUGGAAAAAUCCUUUUUAGUUGUCUCCUCUUUGAGAACUGUCUCUGUGAUUUUUUUUUUUUUUUCUUUUUUUCCUUCUCUGGGUGGGUUUCCCACCAGCAGAAGCAAUCAAGGUACAUUUUAAGAGUGAUAUUGUGUUCCCCCUGUGUUUUUCUAUUCUUCCCACAGGCCUUCUGGUGAAAAGUUGGAAUAAAUUCAGUGCCAGAUUUCUAAUUUUGCAAAUAUCUUGCUCAUUCUGUAGCCAUACAGCUGGAAUCUGAGUUCUAGAAUCUAGUUGAGUUCUGUUAGUCUGUGAUCAUGGCC